CCGCCCCACCGCCCGCCGCCUCUGCCGCCGCCGGAGCUCUGUAGUAUGGCAUCGAGGAGAAUGGAGACCAAACCUGUGAUAACCUGUCUCAAAACCCUCCUCAUCAUCUACUCCUUCGUCUUCUGGAUCACUGGGGUGAUCCUGUUGGCUGUUGGAGUCUGGGGAAAGCUUACUUUGGGCACCUAUAUCUCCCUUAUUGCUGAGAAUUCCACAAAUGCCCCCUAUGUGCUCAUCGGAACCGGCACAACUAUUGUCGUUUUUGGCCUCUUUGGAUGCUUUGCUACAUGCCGUGGUAGCCCAUGGAUGCUGAAACUGUAUGCCAUGUUCCUGUCCCUGGUGUUUCUGGCUGAGCUUGUAGCUGGCAUUUCUGGAUUUGUCUUUCGUCAUGAGAUCAAGGACACCUUCCUGAGGACUUACACGGAGGCCAUGCAAAACUACAACGGCAAUGAUGAGAGGAGCCGGGCCGUGGACCACGUGCAGCGCAGCCUGAGCUGCUGUGGCGUGCAGAACUUCACCAACUGGAGCAGCAGCCCCUACUUCCAGGAUCACGGCAUCCCCCCCAGCUGCUGCAUGAAUGAAACUGAUUGUAAUCCCCUGGAUCUGCACAAUCUGACUGUGGCUGCCACCAAAGUGAACCAGAAGGGCUGUUAUGAUUUGGUCACCAGUUUCAUGGAAACUAACAUGGGGAUCAUCGCAGGAGUGGCGUUUGGAAUCGCAUUCUCCCAGUUGAUUGGCAUGUUGCUGGCUUGCUGUCUGUCCCGGUUCAUCACUGCCAAUCAGUAUGAGAUGGUGUAAAGAGAAGUCUUUCAGAACUAUGGAAAAGAGGCCUGUUUUUUAAAAGGAACUGCGCAAUCUCUGAAAGACUUCCAAAGAACAUUAGAGCACAGUACAUAAUAGCCCUCCCUGCUCCCCCCACCUGUUCCCUACCACCCCACCCCCUAUGUGCAACUGACACACCUGCCCAGGCUAUGCCCUGCCUUUCAGCCCACAUCAUGUGUAGUGUCCAUCUUGUGAAGCCCUGUAAUGCCACACAGUGUAGCCAGGCCCCCUGCAGCUAGUCAUAGUGAACCCCGCCCUAAGGCCCUGUGAGUGCCAGCUCUCUCACAUGUACUUGGUCCAACUGUAGGUGACUGGUUAGCACAUCAUCACUGGCCCCUUGUGGCCCUGCAUGUAGUAGGGGAGGCUUCAGUCAGCCCCUCGCUGUGGUCCAUGAAUGCCAUGCACCUUUCCGUAAAUAAGCAGAUGGUAGUUCUCUUUUCUUUUGGCUUAAUCUGAUUUGCUGUGGUUUUCCCUUUACUGGGAUUCUUUCCUACCUUCUUUAGGCUGCCUAGGACAUGUGGAGAGACACAGUGGGAGUUCUUCGUGAGGAGAAAAUGGCAUGUGGCAUGCAUGGUGGAAACUGGUGUUAACAUUGGGUGACCUCCUUGCUCAGAAUUGUUUCCACACGUGGUUUUGGAGAAACAGCUUAGUGUAGGAUUUCCUCUCAGAGGAAACCUGUAUAACCCUGUUACAAGGCUAUGUUGUUACUCCCCUUGAAGGCACGGAUGCUCCUUUUGAUUUGCCCCAACUAAUUUCUAUCAUUUUACUUUUUCUUGCUCUCUAUUUUCUUUCCUUGCACUGACAUUAUAGACUUUGAGGACCUCAUCAGAUCAAUUUAAAAGUGAGUGUAGAGGGGAAAUGAAAGUCACAAUAUUUUUUAAAGAUCUUAAAAAAAUAAUGCCUCUGUCUAGCAUGCCAACAAGAAUGCAUUGAUAUUGUGAACAUUUGUGAUAAUAUGUAUUAAUAAAUAGAGCAAUUACAAA